AUGUCAAGCCAUUCAAAAGAAGAACCGCACGAACACGAACACGAGACGAGCAACGCCGGCGCGGAAUCGCCGGCAUCCAUCCGGAGCCUCCUCAAUUUCCGGCAGCUCAGUAUGCUCGCCAUCAUCGUGUCCCUCUCCGCCGCCGGCCUUGUCGCCGCCACAGACCUCGCCUUCGUCGCCUUCUCCCUAAUCUACAUGUGCUUCAUAUCCAGAUUCGCGUUCCCGCUCGCCUCCCCCCACCCGGAUCCGCCGGUAUUUGGCCGGGAAAACUCCGCCCUCGGCCUGUACGUCUCCUUCGCGGCUGUGAUCGGCCUGUGCCUCCCGAUCGCGCUCGUGCUCGCCGCCGUGCUCGAGGGGGAUGGGGAGGUGGUCCGCGCGGCGGCGCCGCACCUCUUCCUGCUGGCGAGCCAGGUGUUCAUGGAGGGGGUUUCGUUCGCAGGCGGAUUCUCGCUGCCGGUUAGGGUUUUCGUGCCGGUUUUCUACAAUUCGAGGAGGAUCUUCACGAUUGUGGAUUGGCUGAGGAGCGAGGCAGCGGCGGCGGCGGGUGGUGGGGAGGGCGGAGGGAGCGCGUGGAAGCUGUAUGGCGGCCGGGCGCUGGCGGCGGCGAACAUGGCGUUUUGGUGCUUCAAUUUGUUUGGGUUUCUGUUGCCUGUUUAUCUGCCCAGGGCUUUUAGGAUAUAUUAUGGUUCAAAGGGCAAGAUUAAUUGA